AUGGAAGGCAGCGCUAAAAGGUACAUACGCAGCGAGUCGGCGAGUUGCGCCCACAUGGUCGAGGAGAGUGCCGCGAACAAUAGAAAGAGCGCGGAUCCGCACGAGAAGCUGAAGGCCCUUCUGAAUUCGCCAGAGGAGGACACGGAUGACACUCUGCCACCAUCGGACGCCCCGAAAUUCGGAACGGUAAUACAUAACAGGAUCUUUGUGGGCGGCUUCUCCUUGACCACGACCGACGAGGACUUGUGGAAGUUCUUCUCCGGCUUCGCGACCGUCACAGCGGCGAGGGUGAUCUACGACAGGGCUGGUGUGUCCAAAUGCUACGGAUUCGUCACGUUCGCGAGCCCGAGGGUCGCGAGACUGAUCGUCAAGCAGAGCGGAGGUGUUAUGUUCUCACCAUUGGGGCGUCUCCGCGUAGCGCAGGCUGUCAGAAAACAGAUGAGCCAGUUGCCGAUGCUGAGCGCUGAGGCAACGCCACUGCAGGCGCCUCUGUGCUACCAGCUACUCUGCGCACCGCCCCUGGCGCCCCUACCCGCCUGCGCCCCUUGCGAGUUGCCGCCCCCACCGUACGCCGUAUACCCCCUGCCAUUCGAUACCACGCCUAUAUACGGGCCACCGGCCCAGUAUGCCCUGGUGCCAGCGCCGUUCAGCGCAUGCUGCGAGCCCUCGUGCUGCGCCCCCCUCGACAAGCAGCCCCGCGCCCCGCCGCCCCCACUUCACCCCGCGUUCAUCUAC